AUGAAUGAGGCCCCUCAGAAGCUCUUUUGCAAGGAGGUCUAUAAAACUCCUGGAUUCGACACUGCUCCAUGCGCGGCAGAGCUCGGAUGCAAGCAUUCCGGCAGGCGGUCGACGCCCAUGGGUGAGACCGUCCCGCCACCGGAGCAAGUAUCCGAACAUGUUCACCCGACCUCAUCAGCAACGGCAUGCCACAAUCUUCCUAUGGGAGAUAGAUUCAUCGAGCUGGGAGGGUUUCGCCUGGCCGCCAUUGACGACACACAUUUCUCCAUUUCGCACAGGAAUGGCAUGACUGCGCAAAUCUUCCGAUCCGACGGCCAUGUUGCCAAUGGUCCGCGCACGGACUUUGGUUCUUUCGACAGGUAG